AUGAGCCUCAUAUCCUUCUUCGGCUCCCCGGCCGUCUUGAUUCUCCCUGCCGUAGUCCUCCUCUACUUCCUCACCCAAUGGGUCCUCCAAACACGAAGACCACCCAACUUCCCCCCCGGCCCGCCUCCCAUCCCAAUCCUCGGCAAUGCCCUCCAACUCCCGCCCAAAAAGGCCUUCUUCAAGUUCCAAGAAUGGAGCAAGACCUACGGCGACAUCUUCGGCAUCAAAAUCGGCACCGAAAACUACGUCAUCCUCUCUAGCGCAGAACACAUCAGAGAACUGUACGAGAAGCGAGGCGCAAUAUACUCGGAUAGACCGCAGCCGUACAUCACAAGCACGCUCAUCAACCCCGGCACGAUCCUGUUUAUGAAUAAUGAUCAUCAUAUCAAGAAGCUGCGCACGGCGCUGCGGAAUCACUUGUUUGGUCCCAGUGAGCUGAAGCGUGUGGUUCAGGUACAGGAGGCGCAUGCUGCUUUGCUGAUGAAGAUGAUUCUGGACGAUCCGGGGCAGUUUCAUAUGCACUUGAGACAUUGGGCUCUUGCUACGCCGCUUUCUGUGAUGAGCGGGCAGCGUGUCGCGGAGGGCGAUGAAGUCGCUUCGACGAAGACGUAUUUCGCCACGCAGGACAUGUGGUUGCGGUUCCUCACGCCCGCGCAAGCGCCGCCGGUGGACCUGUUCCCCGUGAUGAAGUACCUUCCCGCGUUCCUCGCCGGGUGGAAGCGGGAGGCGGCAACGUUGAAGAAGGGGAUGUUUGGAACGAUGUACCACAUGCUCGACGGGGCUAAAGCGCAGGCUGCGGAGAUUGCGAGCGGGAGGAGGGGGAAGGAGACGGAGUCGGUUAUGGCGAGGAUGGUUCGGGAGGGGGAGGCGAGUAAGGUCGCGGGGAAGGGGCCGACGUAUGGGAGUCAUGAGCUUGCUGUUUUGGGGGCGGGGACGUUGGAUGCUGCUGUUGAUACUGUCAUUGCUACUACGAGUACUGUUGUGCUUAUUAUGGGUGCGUAUCCGGAGAUGCAGAGGCGGCUCCAGGAGGAGGUUGAUGAGGUUUGGCCUGGGGAGACGCCUGGGUUUGAGGAUCUUGGGAGGGCGAAGUAUCUGAGGGCUUGUUUCAAUGAGGCCAUGCGCUGGCGCACCGCUGCGCCUUCGGGUGUCCCCCGCGUCCUCGCAAAUGAAGACACCUACCUCGGCUACACAUUUCCCAAAGGCACGAGGUUCCUGACAAACACAUACGGGAUCCACAAGGACGAAGCGUGGUACGACCGGCCGGACGAGUUCCUACCGGAGCGAUACAUGGACAACCCGUGGGGCGUGCGGCCGGAGCUGGCGGCGGCGGCGGAGCGGGAGAAGAGGCACCCGACGUAUAAUUUCGGGGCGGGGCGGCGGAUGUGUCCCGGGCUGGACUAUGCCGAGAACCAGAUUUUGGUGACGAUUGCGAAGCUGGCGUGGGAGUUUGAUGUUGUCCCUGCGCGGGGGAAGAGGUUAGAUACGAGUAUCGAGACUGGGUUCCAUUCUGAUCUUGUUAUGGGGCCUGAGAGGUUUGAGGUUGAGUUUGUGCCGAGAGGGGAGGAGAGGCGGAAGGCGGUUUUGGAGGAUGCGAUGAGGGCGGAGAAGGUUGUUGAGGCUUGGAUUACUUAG